AUCAUGAACUUGAAGCUAGCCGGAAAAAGAAAAUGUCGAAGUUUGAUUCGGAUUUUCGGAAGAAAAAGUAAUAAAUAAUUGUAACUUUGACAUUGUAUUAAUAUUGUGAAAAAUGAUCAAAUUGGUAAACUGAAUUUAGUUUGCAAAAGGAAGAUGGGAUCAACUUCGAAAAGGACAACAACAUCGUCAGUUCGCUACACAUUCUCUGAUGAUGAACACGAGCCGGAAACGGGAACUCAGAAGAAUGCGGGGAAGACAAAGAAAACAGGAAAAUCCAAAAUGUCUGUCUGCAAAAUAUGUAAUAAGAGAUACUCGGACCCUCGCCACAUAGAGGUGCACAGAGACACACUGGACUUCACGUGUGGGAUAUGCGACAAGCAGUUUAAGACCAGCCGGUACCUGUACAGGCAUCACAAACUGGUGCAUGCGCCUGCGCCGCACGAGUGCGAUCGCUGCGGCAAGCGGUUCCCGCUGCCGACCAAGCUGCGCCAGCACAUGUUGCUGCACACCGGUGAGAAGCCUCACAAAUGUUCUGAUUGUGGGAAGAGUUUCAGAGCUUUAUACUCUUUAAACACACACCGCUUGCUUCAUACAAAUGAGAAGCCAUAUAAAUGCCAGUACUGUCCGUACGCGUGUAGGGACAACUCUACGCUGCGGAGACAUCACGAGCGUCACACUGGCACGCUUGUAUUGUUCCAGUGCUCCGACUGCGGGAGAAAGUUCGACAACAGAUCCAAGUUAAAAACGCACGUGUUGGAGCGCCACUUCGCCGAUCAGAAGAUGGUGCCGUGCCCGCAAUGCUCUGGCAAGUUCAGGAGCGACGUCUCCUUGAAGAAACAUAUAAGAAUGGUACACGAGAAAGCCUUCACGGCCAAGUGUGAGGUGUGCGACGCGGAGAUCUCCAGCCGGUACAACAUGGCCGCGCACCUGAGGAAGCAUCUCCAAGUUAAACCGUACAGGUGUCGAUAUAAACAGUGCAACAAGAGGUUUAAGGAUAUGAACUCUCUCAAAAAGCAUUCGCGAAUCCACAAGCCGGACGAGCAGUAUUCGUGCGACGUUUGCGGACGAUUGUUCGCGAGACGGCACCGUCUCAACACGCACAUGAGGCAACACGGCGACGACACCAAGUGGAACACCAGGUUUAAGGUUCUGUUCUGCGAUCACUGUGGCUUCAGUUUCGACAACAAACCGUGCUUAGUUCGCCACAUGCUGAAGCAUAUUAGACACAGGAACACAUACGUUUGUGAUAUAUGCAAAUAUGUGACGCACCGGAAACUGAGCAUCGAGAAACACAUGACAUACGGCCAUGGGGAUGAAGAUGAUGUGUACUGCAAGAUCUGUGACAAGAAUUACUUGGCGCAUGCGUAUCUCAUCUUACACUAUUACAACCGACACGGCAUCCGAUACAAGACUGUUAAGAGAAUAAAACUGGAGACCUCAGUGAUGAUAAAAGAGGAGCCACAGGAACCAGUACCUGAUGCUGAAGUGGAUCUAGAAGAUAUACAGAAACAAAAGUCUUUGGCUGAAAUUAUAACGGACGUGGCGUUGGACCGCGACGCAACAGACAUUACAUAUUCUAAAUCAGUGUUAAAAGAAGAUUUGUGUAGAACAAAUAUUGAACAAUUUCCAAACAGAUUCAGGAAGAAAUUGAAGGGUAGAGCUUCGCUGUUUGAUGAACAAAACACCUUAUAUGCGAGAAAAGAGAAGGAUGUAAAGAAAAAAAUAGACAAAUUGCUGUCGCGCGUUAGACUGAGGAAGUGGACGGAAAUAUUGGAGAGAGCGAGACAACAAUAUAACGAAAGGAUACGUGCCAUACCCAACACGGCUAAGGAAAACAAUCUAAAAAUCAAACACGUAAAUUUUAAUCGGGCUAAUAACAAUGACGUAUAUAAAAAAGAUACAGGAAAUAAAUUAGACACAGACAAUGCUAAAGAGUCAUCAUAUACCAAUAACAAAGAGAUAGACAGAGAUGGUGAUAAAAUAAAUGAUGAAACAGAUAUAGAUAGUGUUGAAAUGAGUAAGACUUACGAUGACAAAGACAGCGAUAUCAUAGAUAAUGAUGGAAGCGUAGGCGAUACGACGCCAUUGAUAAAUGCCCAUGAAAUAAAUAGAGACGUCCCCGUAGCUAAUGUUUAUGAAGACGUUCUUGAUAUAGAGGACAAUCCUAUUGGUAUUAAAACUAAUACGAAUGGGAAUAAUAUUAAUCGUGACGUUAGAAAUUCUUUUAAUGCAUCAGAUAGUGAUAAUUUACAUUAUAACUCAAAUAGCAAUAAAAUUGAUGAUACUAGAGUAAAUUCAGAGGAAAAAAAUGUCAAUUUAAAAAAUAUAACUAGUAAAUAUGAAGAAAUGAAUCAAAGUAUAGAUAGUACCAGUAAAUCAAAUGAAGGAAAUGGCGCACAUGACAACCGUAAUGAUAUUCAUGCAACUGAUAAUAGUGAAACGAAUGAACAAAUCCAUGAUGCCGUCGACGAAUAUGUUCCUGUUAAUAACAACGGUAGUGAAUCAAUUGUAAAUGUCGAUAAAGAGGAACGUGCACCUGAAAUGACAAAGAAAAAUGUGAAAUUGAAAAUCAAUACACAUCAAUGCUACGUUUGUUAUAAGCUGUACGAAACUAAAAAAAAAUUACUAGACCAUUGUCAAGAGCAUUUCGAUAUUUGCACUGAUAUUCCUUUAAAGAAGUGCCCUCUAUGCAACUAUGUCACCAAGCUACAGAUAACCCGGCACAUCAAACUUGUACACGGCAUUAACAUAAAACUGCCAUUCAAUCAUAUUAACGACAAACACAAGAACUCUACAGACUCGUCCAGAUAUUUCUAUAAUAUAAAUGACAAAGUAGUUAAAGAAAUCGAAAUAAUUCCAAGUGUAAAAAACCUUAAUAAGAUAGCUUACGUGAAAAUCGAUAAAAAUAAUAGAAUAAACAAAGAUUUAGCCGUUGCCAAAACUAAACUGGUCAAAAAAUCAGGUGAAUGGGUUGUUGAACAUGAAAAUAUCAAUCUAAAGAAUGCCAAUACUGAAUUUAUACUACCUGAGUUUGAUAAAACUGAGAUUAAAAAACUGAAAUACGUUGGCGAUCAAUAUUUAGACGUGAUUAAAGCAUUAGGACGAUUAGCCACGAAACACAAAGCGAAAAUGCUGUAUCCGUGCAAUGGAUGUGAUAAACUAUGUAAGACAUUUGCAGCUCUGAAGUUGCACAGCAGGAGACACGAAUCGAACCCUAAACCUUUCAAAAAGAAGGUGUGGAAACACAAAACGCAAGGUUUUGAAAAUAAAGUUGUUAAAACUGUUAAUACACGAAAAAUAGAUGCUCUAGAACGCGUCAGACAAGCUAAACCAAAACCGAUUGCAAACAAACACAGGUGUGACAAAACAUUAAUGGAUUUCUACGAGAAUAAUGUAAAAGGCGCCGAUAUAGAAUUCUGGCAGUUCUUAAAGAUUUACAACAGAAUGAAUAGAGAACACGCUGACAAUUUGAAAGAUUUGAAGGAGACUAAUGAAUUCGGUGAUUAUAUCACUGAAGAGACACCCCUUGUUGAUAAUGUAGCAACAGAAAUGGCGGAACCAUCAGAAAAUACAAGCAAAAUAGUUAAUAAUAAGCCAAAAAUUAGAAAUAGAUUUGUUAGAAAAUUGAUUCUGAGCAAGGAAGAAAGGUUACGUCGAGUUCGGAUUAAAGAACAACUGAGAAGAAAAUUAAUAAAUAAUAAUUAACAUAUUUAUUAGACUAUAUAAUAAUAUGACGACCUCCGUUCCUAAUGGUCAUCACGCCGGACUGCUGCACUGGAGGUCCGGGUUCGAUCUCCGGUCAGCUCAAGAUGAAAGAUGAUCUUUUUCUGAUUGGCCCGGGUCUUGGAUGUUUAUCUAUAUAUGUAUAUGUUAUAGAAUAUAGUAUCGUUGAGUUAGUAUCCCAUGACACAAGUCUCGAACUUACUUUGGAGCUAGCUCAGUCUGUGUGAUUUGUCCUGAUAUAUUUAUUUAUUUAGUCUUAUUUAUAACGCAUAUAAAACUCUGACAGACUUAUCUGCCAAUUAAUUUUGUGACGAAUGACAAUAUGACGUUCGAUAAAAGCCUCAAUAUGAUUAAUUAGAAAAAUCUCAAAGCAACUCAUUUAAAUUAACCAAAUUAGCGACCGAGUUAAAAUUAUUUUGAAUUUCUUAAAUUGUGUAUUUUCUAUAUAUAAAUUGCUUUUUUCGUAUGAUCUCAAUAAAGCUACUUUUGUUUACAAAGUUUAGUUAAUUACUUUUGUUGAGUUAUCUGUAUUGAAGUGUCUAUUAAGUGGUCAGAAUUGUUGAAGGAAAAUCUAGUUUACUUCCCGUAAUUGAACUUGAGAAUGGUGAUCAAUAGUGUUAAAUAUAUAUAUAGCGGGUAUUAUCGAGGAAUAAACACCUAUAGAGAAGUCUUAGAACAAUCGAUACUAUAAUUUGUUUAUUCUUUGAUACUUUAAGAGCCCACGGCAAGGUUAUGUGCCCCAUGCUCGUAACUGUACAUCACAACCACAUUACUGAUGCACCACCGUUGUCUAACCAAUAACAGUCCGCGUUGCGUUGUACCGCAAGCAAAUGUAUCAUGUACCGGUACGCCUGCGGCAGUGCCCACUACGAAGUGUAUAGAGACACAUACACUACGAUGUAGUAACAAUCGUAUCGAUAGUUCAACUAUUUUCAAAGUAUUGAUAAUCGAUAGUGUACUAUUUAUCUGCAACACUAGUAAUCAGUAGCACUUUAUAAUGUGUUAUAAAACUUAGUAUGAAAAAAAGCAUUUAUCAAAUCAAAAUCAAAUCAUUUAUUCAGAAAUUAGGCCUUCACAGGCACUUUUUCACGUCAUAUUGUAAAUUAAGUGAUGUUUACCAAAGCUACAAACUACUAAUAUUUCGGAACGACCACUGCUGAGAAGAAAUGUUCCUAUUUUGCCAGAAGGGCUUACCAUUUUUUAAAUAUAAAUUUAUGUAUAAUUUUUUAAUUUAAUUACAACAUACGAAGUUCAACGACUUCUAAAAAAGAUACCUUUUUUUAGAAGUUGUAGAACCCUCGAGGUUAUAACUAAAUAAAUAAAAUUAAAACUAAUAUUAUAAUGAUAAUAUAAACUCGAAACUUUGCAUAAAUAGGAGCUACCGUGGGUCUACCCAUAGCACCGUAUCUUAUUUUGUAUGUAUGUAUAUAUUUUGUAAUAUACUGUAUAUUUAAUAGUGCAAUGGAUAAUUUCAUAAGAAAAAGUAACUAAAGCAUAAUAAUAAGCAUAAAAAACGAAAGCAUAGUAAAAUAUGUAUUAUUUUUCUUUUUAAAAAAAAUCGUAAAGCAUUUUUUGCAAGGCUGUUUAAAAACUAGAAAAAUGAAUUGUUUUUUUUUUUUGUUAGGUAGUUAAGUGUCAAAGAAGUUUGAAAUUCAGAGUUUAAGUUAUAGGUUAAAUUCAUGUUGAACUAGAUGUUGCCCGGGAUUUCGCUCCAAUGAGAAAUUUUGAGAUAAAAUAUAGACUAUAGCAAUCUUGGAUCAUACAGUUCUAAUGGUAAGGUUCAGAUGGGGUACUAUCAUCUCUUAACGCGAUCCACUUUACGACCUAAACUGAACUGCAUCGCAAAUUCGUACCAUCGACUUAAUUUUUUGUAUGAAUGCGAUUAAUUUUAGUUGCCUAAAUUGAACUGAGUUGCAUUGGAAUCGUUCUGUAAAAGUUGAUGGUAGGCCUGUAGUCACAAUAUCACAAACGCUUACCUAUUUAUAAUAAUAGUAUAGAUUGAGCUCUAAAUAGAUUGAUUUGUUGAAUAAAUGUUUUUGUUUAAUCUGU